CAGUCCCUUGAUAAGGGUUUCUGUCCAAUAACGGUGCUCUCUGCUCUGAGGCACAUUUAACUGUGAAGUUUGCAGCGGGAGAGGCUUUCCUUCAAGCUGUUAGUGUUUUAUCCUGGCAGGCUCCUCGAGGUUGUUGUGAGGAGUCUAGCCAGUUGGUGAGCUUUGUAAUCUAAACCAGCUGUCCCAGGCUGAGGCCCCCAUUUGCAUUGUUUAACAUACUUAGAAAAUGAAGUGUUCAUUUUUAACAUUCCUCCUCCAAUUGGUUUAAUGCUGAAUUACAGAAGAGAACUAAGCAAAACCAGGUGCUUUCUCUGUAUUCUCUCCAGUGUCUGAGGAGGUACAGACGGCUCCCGAUCUUCUCCAUUACUUGCCAUUUCAUUCUUUGGACUAUAAAUGACAGAGGAACUGAAGUGCUAGCAGAGGGUAAUGCUUGGAAAACUUUCUAGUUAUUCAUCAGCACAGACUCUGGUUUUUUUCCACCUUUCCCCAACGGUUUUGGACAUGCAAGGAUUAAGAAGGAUACUGACUGCUUUCACACUGGCUGUCUGCCUUUCAAGCCCUGGAAAAGCACAGCAGCAAUGCACUAAUGGGUUUGACCUGGACCGUGCCUCUGGGCAAUGCUUAGAUAUUGAUGAAUGUCGGACUAUUCCUGAGGCCUGCAGAGGAGACAUGGUGUGUGUCAACCAGAACGGUGGCUAUUUAUGUGUCCCCCGAACAAACCCGGUGUAUCGGUCACCGUAUCUGAGUCCUUAUUCCAAUGUUUAUCCACCGCCCCCAGCACCAGGCCCUGUUCCUAACUACCCUACUGUUACAAGACCUCUGAUUUGCCGAUUCGGUUUCCAGCUGGAUGAAAACAAUCAGUGUGCUGAUGUGGAUGAAUGUGCUUCAGAUUCUCACCAGUGUAACCCCACCCAGAUCUGCAUAAAUACUGAGGGGGGCUAUACCUGCUCCUGCACUGAAGGCUACUGGCUGUUAGAAGGCCAGUGUUUAGAUAUAGAUGAAUGUCGCUAUGGCUACUGCCAGCAGCUGUGUGCCAACGUGCCCGGUUCCUACUCCUGUACGUGCAACCCCGGCUUUACCCUUAACGACGACGGGAGAUCGUGCCAAGAUGUGAAUGAAUGUACAAGUGAAAACCCUUGCACUCAGACUUGUGUCAACACCUACGGCUCUUUCCUCUGCCGCUGUGAACCUGGCUAUGAACUGGAAGCUGAUGGAGUUAACUGCAGUGACAUGGACGAAUGCAGCUUCUCAGAGUUCCUCUGCCAGCACGAAUGUGUGAAUGGGCCUGGUUCUUACUACUGUACCUGUCCUCCGGGCUAUAAUUUGCUUGACGACAAUAGAAGCUGCCAAGAUAUCAAUGAAUGUGAAAUAAGAAACUUCACCUGCACUUCACAGCAGACAUGCUUCAAUAUCCCAGGAGAAUAUAAGUGUUUAGAUCCAGUACGAUGUGAGGAGCCUUAUCUCCAGAUUAAUGAGAACCGCUGCAUGUGUCCAGCUGAAAACCCUGGGUGCAGAGACCAGCCCUUCACCAUCCUGUACAGAGUCACAUGUGCAGAGCAGUGUGCUGAUCUGCAGGAACUGCUGGAUCUCUCAGGAGAAACUAUUUUUGGCAAUCUCACUUGCUUUCUCUUGUUUUAUGCACAGCAAACUGGACCAAUCAGUGCUACUCUGGUGAUGACCCGUCCCGUGAAGGGGCCCCGUACUAUUGAGUUGGACUUGGAAAUGAUCACUGUUAACACCGUCAUCAACUUCAGAGGAAGCUCUGUCAUCCGGCUGAGGAUAUUUGUAUCACAGUACUCCUUCUAAACCCCGAGUUUGUGCCCUGGAAACAUUCAGCCAAAAGAGACAGUUCCUCCUCUGCAGAACUCCCUCCUCAAAAGCCAGUACCUAUAGCAGCUCCAGAUCAAAUCACUAUUUCCACAGACCCGGUGACCUAUGCCUGUUUGAGCAGGGAGGCCUCUUCAUGCACAGUCCCAGCCAGGAUGCAAACAUCUGAAGAUACCAUAUGAUUCUCUGUGUGGUCAUGUAUUUUAAGGACUCUUCUUCUCACUGUAAACACUUCUAGGGCAUGAGUCUAUGUGAAAGACUGUGAACCUCUGUAGCUCCAAAGCUGCUUAGCAGAAAGCACCAAAAAAACUGAGGAACAAGCUGGCUUUUGCAAUCCUGCCUUUUUAAAUUUUUUUUUUCAUUAUAAAGGAAAGCAGACAAAAAAGCAGAAACAAAAAAUCCACCUAUUGAAACAAGAGACCUCAGAAGUCCUAAUUUGCUUUCCCAGUUGUCUCUGGAAUUAUCAGUCAGCCACUUGGUUUCAAUUCACCCUGCAUUUGUCUUAGUUUCGCCUGGUUUUUUUCAUUCUGUUUUAUAGUUAAAAUUAAUUGUAAAUUCAUUCCAAAAAACAUGUACUAUGUAAUCUUUUGCUUUCUGACAAAGUGUCACAUGUUUGGGUUCCUUUCUGUAUUAAAUCUUUCUAUAUAACAGAGUUCAUAGAA